AUUCAAUUAUAUUUGGACCGGAUGUAAGUGUUUCUAUAUGAGCCGCUUUCCGCUCACAGCGGGAUACCAGCACGCAGUCAUUGACUUGAAAAGACGUCAGCGCAUACACGGACAAAGAAGACAAGAAGACAAGAAGACAAGAAGACAAAAAGACCAAAAGAAGGCUGGAAUUUAUUCAAGACAAAUGAGACAAUUACGUCAUCGGCACGAGAGGGGCGCGUGCACUCAGGGUUUGUUAUAAGUGUUUUUUUUUAAUGAUCGUUGGAUUACAAAAACGUUGUUGGACUUGAAAAAAAAUGCACCUUGUGGGAAUAACUUUCUUCCUGGCGUACCUGCUUCACACCGACUUGAGUUACUGCGAAUAUUCUGAUGAGGAUGAAGAGGAGCACGUAGAUGAGGCGGACUCCCCAGCAUUGCCAGACAUGGAACAGAGGUUGCGCUCAGCAUCCAGUGUUGAUGAACUGAUGCGUCUCAUGUACCCUUUAUACUGGGCUGCUCUGAAGUGUAGAUCCAAACUACCGUUUGCCGCUACGUACAAACUGUCCCAUCGCCUGAGCCCACAAACGGACGAGACAACCUUUGCUGCUGCCUACCUCAACUUGGACGUUCUGAAAAGUAUAGAGUCAGAGUGGAGAAAAACCCAGUGCAUACCCAGGGAAGUGUGUGUCGACGUGGGCAGGGAGUUUGGUGCACCCACCAACAUCUUCUAUAAACCACCAUGUGUGUCCGUCUACAGAUGUGGAGGAUGCUGCCACUCAGAGGACAAACAAUGCAGGAAUAUCUCCACUGGUUACCUCAGCAAAUCUAUUUUUGAGAUCACAGUCCCUGUCAGUCAAGGCACCAAGCCCGUAACCAUCAGUGUGGCCAAUCACACGCAGUGCAGGUGUUUGUCCAAACUGGACAUGUACAAACACGUCCACAGCAUCAUCAGGAGAGCCGUGCCCCAGUGCCCAAUAGCCAAUCAGGCGUGUGCCCAAGAUGAAGACUGGAGCAGCACACGGUGUCGAUGUGUCAACACGGCAAACAAUCAGAGUCCAUCAUCGUCCCUUCUGAGAUCGCCCCAGGAACUCGACAUAUUCCCAGCUGAUGUGUGUGGCCCGCAUAAGGAACUGCAUGUGGAAACCUGUCAGUGUGUAUGUCAGCGCACGGAUCCGACUCCAGACUGCGGCGCUCACCGUCACUUUGACCGCAGUGCUUGCCAGUGUGUGUGCAACACGGCGCCGACCCACCCAUGCCCCCAGAACCACGUCUACGACAAGGAGACCUGCCAGUGCACAUGCAGUAAGACCUGUCCAAAGCACCAGCCACUCGACAAGACCAAGUGCUCCUGCCAAUGUAACCAGUCCCCCACUAAGUGUUUUCUAAAAGGGCGCAGGUUUCAUUAUGCUACAUGCAGUUGUAUCAGGCCUCCAUGUGAAGUCAGGAGACGAAGGUGUGAAGCAGGCUUUUUCUUCAGCGAAGAAGUGUGCCGCUGUGUACCGUCCCACUGGAGACGAGUGGACUGACCGCCACGUUGUAGAACACCUAAAGCUGCCGAUGGAAGACGGACCAGGUCCUCUUGUCCCGUGGACUGCAAUGGCAGCAAUUUGACUUGGAUGAACGUGAGUAAGAGCCCGUCCGCACUGCGGCGUUUUCGACUUGCACGCUACCUUUGUGAACCGAUGCCAACACAGCGGCUGCCUCUUUGUCCUCUGGAGUUGGCUUGGAUGAGCCGAUAACACGCUGCGUGAAAUCACCAUAUUAUUGGGACUUCUACGGCAAAACCAGCCAGUUUUUGGCAACUGUGAUGAGCAGCUAAGGAUCUUGGAUGACAACUUCUACCAGAUGCUUCAAAACCAGACGCUAACUAGGCGUGCCACCACACCCGAUGUCCCUAACUAAGACAGACCUGCUUCUCAAAUCCUCAACAAAUAACAGAUUUUUCUCUCAUCUCUAUAAUCCUUAUGGCAUUAAGAUGGAUAUCAAUAUAAACAAAUGGCCGCCUCCACAUUAAUUUAUCUUUAGUUAUAUUAUCUUUAUUUAUUUAUAAUACAAUAGGCAGAAUUUUUGUAUUUUAAUCUAAAUUGAAUGUAAUUACAGAAUAAAUGAAUAAACCAUGAUACUGAUAGUCAGGAAAAUAAGUAUUCGAUCCCCUUUCCAACGACAUGAACAAUACAUAAUACAUAUGGAAACAUUCAUUAAAAACUCUAACUUCCUUUGUUUUUGAUGAAGUGGUGUAAGUAUUUGAUCCCCUACCAACUAGCAAGCAUUCUGACCGCCACUCCAACUUUCAACUCAUUCUGUGGAUAACAGACCCGAUUCACAGAAACAGUGACUUUCAUUCAAACCUCUCCACCACCCGGGCAAGACCAAAGAUCUUCCCAAGAAGUAGUCAUUCAUAAAUUGAAGAAAUCACCGUCGCUCUGGAGCUCAAUGCAAGAUUUCAGCUGGUGGGGUAAGGACGAUUGGGAGACAAACGAGGGACCAGCCCAAAUUCCAAGCAAGGAGCUGAUCAAUGACAUCUGGAAUGGACCAACGUUGACGUUGAUGAAUGACGUUUGGAGGAAGGGAAACGUGACUACGAGCCCAACAAGCCCGUCCAUACUGGCGAACACGGAGGUGGAAACGCAUUGUUUCUCUGACAAAAACCCUUCCGGAGUUGUUGAGACGACAAGAAACGUCUGACCUCCGUGACCUCUGACCUCUUCACCAAGUACAUAUGCUUUGCUUUGGGGUGAAAUCAAAUCAAUCCAUUUUUUUAACAAUGUCUCUGUAGCAAAAAACCUAUCAUAAAAUAUUAUGGACAGUUCAUAAAUCAACAGGAACACAAAAACUUAUUUUGUUUAUCCACAUUUUAUAUCAUUACAGAAUAAAUAAUGAAGCUAGUAUAUUUAUGUAAUGUAUUGCACUACAAAUAUAUUUAUAAAGAAUUGUUUUGGAUAGAGUGAUGACAUAACGGAAUUCAUAUAAUACAGCAAAUACUACACAGAAUAUUUUGAUGAGAUUUUUUUGUAUUGUAUUUCUAGCCUCAAAUAGCUCAUAGGAAAGGUUUGACUGACAGUGUUUGAAAAAUCUCCAUCCCCGUUAUUACCUAUAUGUUUUUGUUUAUAUUUUUGUUUGUUUGUGUUCAAAAUAACUUGAAAUGUUCUCAAUGGAUUUGGACUUACGUCGUCUCAAUUGUCUUGUAAGAAAUGGAUGGAAUAAUUUAUUGAAGGAUGUUUUAACUUCUGUAGAUUGACACAU